GGGCCCCACGCACCCUCGCGAUGGGCCCGGCUAUAGGUGGAGAAGCAACGGAAGGCGGGACCUAGAGGGCACCGCCCCAUGGAGCUGGAGUGCGGGGACAGUGACAGCGACUUCCCCACCACGGCAGGCUCUCGCAAGUAGUGCAGGCUUGCUGACGGGCCCUUGGGAUGCGUCCCUACGGCGUGAGCCUACUGCCUCACACCGAGCUGCCAUCCUCGCCUUGGUGUCUGAGCGCCUCCGCUACCCCACCCGGUUGUCCUGCAAAGAUUCGUUAAAACUACAGUUCCCGGAGUGCUUCGCGCGGCUAUAUUUACUUGGAAAUCAGGUGAUUCAGUUCAUGUGACUUCAGGCCCAAGCUCACACAAAGUCUACCCGGCGGGAGAAACCGGUACAUCUCCUACGUCCUGUGUGGUCAGCCAGUGGAGCCUCAGAGGAUCUCAGCUUGCAAGAAGCAGUUGAGAGAAGAAUUCAGUAUUUGCCCACUUCCUCAGAGUGAGACUUUACACAACCCACUUAGUUUUUCUGAGCCCAUUUCUCCACAUAUCAAAGAAUGAUUAAGUCCUCCCUGGAGUCCUGUUCUUCAGGCUGCCGAUGCAGAGCCCAUGCAUGAGGUCACAGCUCUUUGAAAUCGAGGAACAUGAUAAGGAGUUGGCUGAUUAUUUCUAUACUUUCCCCCCUGAAGCUGAUAGAGAAGUGUGAGUCGGCGGUCAACCUUGCCGUACCUCCCACUGUGAAGCUGGAAAAUGGGAGCUCGGCCAAUGUCAGCAUCACCCUUCAGCAUCCGUUAAAUUCAACCAUGGUGAUCACUUUUGAAAUCACAUUUCGUUCAAAGAAUGUUACUAUCAUUGAGCUCCCUGACGAAGUUGUGGUGCCUCCCAGAGUGACAGAAUCCUCUUUCCAAGUGACAUCUCAGAAUGUGGGACAAAUUACUGUUUUUCUGCAUAGAAAUCAUUCCAACCAAACCGGGCCAAGGAUACGCUUCUUGGUGAUCCACAGCAACAUCAUUAACAUCAUAAACCAGGUGAUUGGCUGGAUCUACUUUGCAGCCUGGUCUGUUUCCUUCUACCCUCAGGUGAUCAUGAACUGGAGGCGGAAAAGCGUGGUUGGUCUCAGCUUUGACUUCGUUACCCUGAACCUGAUGGGCUUCAUGGCCUACAGCGUGUUCAACGUCGGCCUGUUCUGGGUGCCACACAUCAAGGAGCAGUUUUUCCUCAAAUACCCAAAUGGAGUGAACCCCGUGGAGAGUAAUGAUGUCUUCUUCAGCCUGCACGCUGUCGCCCUCACCCUGGUCGUCCUGGUGCAGUGCCUUCUGUAUGAGCGAGGUGACCAGCGUGUGUCCUGGCCUGCCAUUGGCUUCCUGGUGCUCGCGUGGCUCUUCGCACUCGUCAUCUUGGUUUUGGCUGCAGUCGGGGUGACCUCAUGGCUGCAGUUUCUCUUCUGUUUCUCCUACAUCAAGCUCGCAGUGACGCUGGUCAAGUAUUUUCCACAGGCCUACAUGAACUUUGUCUACAAAAGCACCGAGGGCUGGAGCAUUGGCAAUGUGCUUCUGGACUUCACUGGGGGCUCCUUCAGCCUCCUCCAGAUGUUCCUCCAGUCCUACAACAAUGACCAGUGGACACUGAUCUUUGGAGACCCAACCAAGUUUGGACUCGGCAUCUUCUCCAUCUUCUUCGAUAUUGUCUUCUUCAUCCAGCACUUCUGCUUGUACAGAAAGAAACCAGGGUAUGAGCGGGUGAACUAGCACGCAGGGCCCCAGUGUAAAUGGCCCAGGCCCUGUGCCCAGGAGGAAGGCUAGAAAAGCGGUCUAGAGAGCAGGGCUGGCUCCACAACACACACCGGCAGUGGAGAAGCGCUCUCUUCCUCAGGGUCACAUGCCUUUAACAUGAACCAGCCUGCCUUCGUCCAGACUCUCCAGGGCCGGGGAGAAACCUCCCUCUGGGACAGACACCAGACUGUGCUCCGAGAUUAACAGCCAGACUGCUGGUGGCCCUCUCGGGUGUUACUUGGCCAGUCACCUGGCCCUCCUGCAACUUGCCGUUGCCAUCUCUAUUCUCUUUAAGGCUUCAGGCAGCACCCACAGGUCCUGACAGCCAUCCCAAGCAGGACUGGACAUUGAGCUAGGAGCUGAAGGCCUUGCCCGAGCACCCAGUGUGUCAGGGAGCAGCUCGAAGUACUGACCUUGCGGCUGGGACAGCCAAGGGCAUUUGGGUGCCACUGCCGUGUUCCUAAAGACUAAGCAGCCAGGCAUUGUGGCCAGUGGAUGGAGAGGUGCUGGUGGCAGUGGCGGGGGGGGGCUAGGACUUUGGGGGUAAGCCUUGGGGUCCCUUCUCUGAAGGCUACAUUAUCUAGAACUCAGUUUUCACAGCGGCAGGCCCAGGGGGCCCAGGCCAGCGCCUACUAAAGAUGCAGUCUUUCUGGGUCCGGAGGUGCUCAACAGAUUGGUUCUAAACUGGGCUCACAUCCAACACCCUCUGGAUCUUUGUCCCACUAACACCCCUUUUGGAAUUUUUGGAGGGAUGUUUUAGGAGUGGCUGUCUGCCUACCUCCACUUUCCCAGAGUCAGGGGCCCCAUGUGAGUCCCUCCCCCUUUCUGUGCCUUAGAGGCCUGUUGAACCUGCUAGGUGGUGAGCAUAGCUCCCCCGGGUGGCAGGGCAGGCCUGCCUUCCUUCACCUCCCCAGACCUCCGUCUGAGGCUCACCAAUUUUUGGCUGUUCCGGAAGCCUUAAGAUAAGGACUUAUGACCACCUCACACAACCUUCAUAGGCCAACCCUGGUCCUAAGUCUCCUUCCCUCCCAACCCAACCAGUUGUCCUUCCAGGGGCAGGGGGCGGGGCCCAGACGUGCCUUGUACGUGCUUCGAGUUUGUCAGCCCACUCUCAACUUCCUACUACAAGCUCAGUGUGAGUGUAUAUCCUGAAUUAAAACCUGUUGUUUCCUUUUGUACGCUGAGCGUUUGCCAGAUGCAGGAGGCAGGUGUGUAUCUUCAGCACCGAGUCCUUGGGACUUAGGGAGACAGCCCCGCUCACUUUGUGUAAGGACGUUCACGAGUUGUGAAGUUUGCCAGUCCCGCAGCGACUGCGUGCCGACCCGGCACUUUAUCAGGGAACCCCCUCAGGUAGUGCAAGACACCUGCCUUCUCGGGGCCAGGUAGGUCCCACAGGUGCCACAUCUGUGCCUUAGCAAGGGCACACUGCUCGGGGCGUGGCUGUGAGCCAGGGAUGGAAGAGGCCUUUAAGAGUUGGCCACCCCUGGGAGUGGAGAGAUGACUGAUUUUUCCAGAUUCUUCCUGGGUAUAUUUUUAUACCCAGGUAUAAAAAUACCAAAGAAUUUAGAUCUUGUUUCCCCAAAUCAGAGAUGGUAGCCUGACCAAGUAUGCAUGCCUGUUUAAUUUGGCCACCCAGUGUGUUACCAGGUAUCACACUUUAAAAAUGGGGGACUUCAAAAAUUUGACUUGGCAGUGGGUGUGCACGUGGCAACAAUUCCCAGAGCUGGUAGUGCAGCCAGUGGCGGGCCAGCCAGACCCCCUGGAGCUCUCCCAUUCUCCCCAUAUCCCAUCAGGUGGCAGCCCUGGGAACACUUGGGGUCGCAUCCCUGGCUGUGAUCAACUGAGUGCUCUUAAGAGUCUUAGGGGGUGGCUGUUUUUCCCAUGAACCCAUUGGGGUCCAUGAGGCUCUUCCUCGGUAGAAACAGAGACCAAGUUUACAAGGGAAGUUGGGGACUCCCUGCCCCUCUUGCAGUGACAGUGCCCCCACACUUUACUGUAGAUGUGGCCAGGCUGAGCACUGUGUCAGGUAAACUUAGGAAUAGUGGGGCUUUAU